AUGUCAAGCAAUGUUACUUCGGUCAAUGACAGCGAUUUAAUCGAUCGAUGCAUGACAAUUUUAAAGCAUGAUGGCGUUUUAGCGGUACCAACUGAUACGAUCUACGGUUUAGCUGCAUUAGUCAGCAGUGAAAAAGCCGUCCGACGCAUUUACGAAAUCAAAGGCCGAUUAUUCACAAAACCAUUGGCUAUCUCAGUUGGUAAUGUCGAAGAUCUAUUUACGUGGUCAAAGCCAACAUUGUCGAGCGAACAACUAUCAGAUGGUGAUCUUCUUCCUGGCCCGGUGACAUUGAUGUUCGAACGUCAACUUUCAUUACCAUCGUAUUUCAAUCCCGAUGUAAAUAAUGUCGCCAUUCGUAUUCCAAAUCAUCAGAUGAUGAUUGAAUUAGCGCGACGUUUAGGCGAACCGAUCGCAUUGACAAGUGCAAAUAUCUCUAACGGUCCAAGUUCAAUCUCAAUUGAUGAAUUUCAAUCAUUAUGGUCACAAGUAGAUUUAGUUAUUGAUGGAGGUGUACUAGCAUCAAAUGAUCGACGUGGAUCAACUAUUGUUGAUCUCUGUGAAAAAGGAUUUUUCCAUAUUCAACGUCCAGGAAUUGAUUGUGAAAGAAUUAUCUCGUUGAUAAUGUCAUUAUCAAAACUUGAAAGUCUUGCCAAUGAAACUAUUCUGGAAAUCUUCGAUUAUCUGCGUCCCAUAGAUAUCAUUCGAGCAUUUGAAUUGCUCAAUGAACGUUUCCAAAUUCUCAUUAUUCAACGUUCAUAUCAUGUCAAUCUAUCAAUGAAUCUUUCGCUCAAUGAUUUCAAUGAAUACUGCUCAAUAAUUCUUCCCAGUUAUUGCUCAUCGAUUCGUUCAAUUUACCUUUCGAACUCAGAAACAUGCGGAUGUAUGAGUUUGUUUUUUCAAAGAUUUCCUCACGUGGAAGCAGUAUUUCCUAAUCUGAGAACGAUGGUAUUCAUUGAUCCGAAUGACAAUGAUUAUAAUCAAAUCAUUAAAAUCAAACAAUUAACAACGGUUCAUCUUAAAUAUAGUCAAAUCUAUGAGCAAAAGAUUCAUCUGGCAGCACUCUUUGACAAUCCAAAUUUACAAACAUGUAUUCUUUCCUAUGAUGAUCUUUUACCAAUACAAAAAUUCCGUUCGAGCGCAUCUCUCAAACGACUUGUCCUUGAUAAUUUUUACAUCAAUGAUUUUCAUUUACUCUUCUACUUGUAUCCAUCACUCGAACACCUGGCUAUCAAUCGACUGCUCGUUAACUUUCAAGGUUACCUACCACCGUUCAACGGACCGGUGCGAACACUUCAUACACUCAAACUCAAUUGUGCAUACACAGUUCAGUUUGAUUAUAUUUUGUAUCUUCUUUCGCUUCUGCCGAAUCUCGUUCAUUUCACAUGCAUUGCUAUUGGCAUCGACUUCUUCAACGCAGAACAAUGGAUACAAAUCUUGUCAUCAUUGGAACAACUUCGAAGUCUUGUCUUCGAUCUCAAAGCCGUAACAGAAAUGUUCGACAAUAAACUAGCAGCUUCGUUUCUCACCCCAUACUGGCAUCGAUGGCGUAUAGCUGUGGAUUAUUCUGAAGACAAUAGGAAAUACCAUCUAUUCACAAUCCCGUAUCAUCGCUUAUCAUUUAUAAGCACAAUCUACUCCGUAUCUACUAUACAAGCACCGCCUCAUAUGUUCGAUUCGGUGACACAUUUGUAUCUGAAGAUGAAUUCUUCUAUGCAGAUGUGUUCCAAUCGAAAGUAUCCAAAUGUUUAUGCCUUACAAAUCUAUCAAAAUACGAUUGUCACGGUCGAUUAUUCGAAUUUAUUUAGCCGACUUUGUACCAUGAUCGAUGCCCAUAAACUAGUUCAUUUAGAACUCUUUAUUUCAUUGCCUCCAUCCAUUUUUCUUGCUUUACUUAAAUCAACACCAUGUUUACGAUAUUUCAAAACAGAUUAUGAAAUUCUCAUGAUUUUGACGGAUAAUCUUCAAAAUGAUGAUAUUUGUUCUGAUUUACAUCAUAAACUCAAUAAAUUAGUGAUUCGUCAAGGUGUCUUACCACUCACUGAUAAAGAUCGUUUCGUUCAAAUAUUUUCCAAUUUAAAAUAUUUACAAAUUCAAUUGUAUACAGUCUAUGAAUUACGACUACUCCUAUGGACAUGCCUGAAGAUCAUGUUUCAGCUUCAGACAUUACAUGUACGACUCGUUGGUACCGAUGCAUCGAUUGAUUCACUUCAAUGGCAAGGUGUAAUCAACAAUAUAAGCUAUGAAAUAGCCAAACGACAUAUUCAAAUUUGGAAAUAA